AGAAUUAUUGAUGUGGGCUCUGUUACUGUGCUAACUAUCGUAUUUCAAGACUGAUAGUUCACUGAUUUACGUAAACUUUGUCGCGAUGAUGAUGUUUUCGGUUACUGAUAAACUUGGAAAAGUGCUGUCAGUUUCAGUACGUGAUGUUCCAAAUGAAUGGUUUCUCACUGCCAUUCUUCCUUUUGGGACGCAAUUUACAAUACCAUCGGAGUUCCCAAGAUUACUGAAUUUGCAACAGCCUGCAAGUCGAAAUAAUCUAUUUGUAAACUGGACUAGUGCGUUAGUUUAAGACAAAAUUACUACAUGAGCAUACUUGAAGCGGGAAUGAAAUGGCCGAAUACUCGGAGUAUAUUUGCAGAACAAAUACCUUUAGUAGUCCGGCAUAUCUUGGUUGUGAGGAUAACUCAAGGCAGCCAUGUGGUAAAGGGGCAAUAAAUGCUGUACGACAAUUGAUUCUUAAAAGCCCAACCAUAGGUAGUACACGCACAGACGAUGAAUUUCUUUUACGUUUCCUUCGUGCACGUAAAUGUAAUGUACCAGAUGCCUUUGAACUUCUGUGCAAUUAUUGCAGCUAUAGACAACAAAACAGCAGCUUAUUUGAAAAAUUUGGACCAGCAGACACAGCUCUCCAGCAGGCUCUCCGUGAUGGGUUUCCUGGAGUAUUACCUCAAAGAGACAGGAGAGGAAGACGAGUUCUUGUGAUUUUUGCUGCUAAUUGGGAUCCCUCUUUAUAUGAUUUGCUUACAAUAUAUAAAGCCAUUCUUUACUCUCUGGAAAAACUUAUUGAAUUGCCACGAAAUCAAGUAAGUGGCUUUAUCUUCAUUGUCGACUGGAGUGGAUUUUCAUUCAGUCAAUCAUCCAAGCUGAAUCCCCGUGUUUUAAAGCUAAUGAUAAAUGGCUUACAAGACUGCUUCCCAGCAAGAUUCAAAGGGGUUCAUUUUAUAAACCAGCCUUGGUAUGUUGAGGCCGCACUGACAGUUAUCCGUCCAUUUCUGAAAGAAAAGACAAGAGAAAAAAUAUAUCUACACGGCAACAAUAUGAGUACACUACAUGAGUGUAUAGCACGAGAUGUACUGCCAGCAGAGCUUGGAGGAGAAGGACCCUCGUACAAUCAGCUCUCAUGGGCAGACAAAGUUUUGGAGGCUGAGGACAGCAGGACAGAUAAUAAUACGGUUCAGCUGACUCCUCCCUUCAAAAGGAAGGAGAAUUCUCGGUAGUUGGUGCCAGAGGAUUUGUCAGUAAAGCUUGCCAACAUUCCACAAGUGUAUGUGAUUUUUAUUAGUUGAUGGAGAUGACAAUUUUGGCUUGUAUUAUGAUGUUAUGGAGUGAUCUCACUUUAUUAAAA